CUCCUUGAGCCUGUCUUUCGCCUGACUGUCUGCCACUCGGUCGCCCUCAGCGAUUCCAUUGUCCCCGAGCAGACUGUCCAGGUGUAGUGCAUCGACACAGGCUGUUGAUACAGCUUCCUCCCGACCUACGGAGUUUCGCUAUUCUUCUCUAGCGUCGUCUCCAGCCUAGUCUGUUGAUCCCAAACAACCUUCAUCCUUGAGGCUCGCCAUGUUGCCUCCGUGUUUAUCACUCGAGUUGUGGGAUCGCGCCAUCGACCAUAUGUGGAACGACUGCGCCGCCCUAGAAGCGCGUAGCCUGACCUGCCACGCCUGGUUCAGCUGCGCGCACGUGCACGUUUUCCGGAACGCCGAGGUGCACCUGCAUUGCGAGCAGGACUGCGACACGCUCGCGAACCUCACCGCGCCGUACACCGCACACCCGCUGCGCCUCCUCAGCAUCGUGAACCUCGGCCGGACCGCGUCCUUCCACGCGGAGCCCGACCGACGCUGCAACGCAGGCGCGCUGGCUCGACGACAAGCUGCCGCCCUUGCUCCCGGAGUUUCUAGGUCUGAGGCGCUGCACUUGUUCAAUGCAAUCUGGGCGGCGGGCAUCCCGCGCGGUCUAGAAGGGAACCCUUGGUAUGACUGGCUUCGACUCUACCUUGCGAUGCCGCCGAAGGUCAGAGCGAGUGUACGCACCCUUGCACCGUGCAUUCGGGCGCUCGUGCUGCAGACAGUGUAAUUUGAGGGGCGGCGUAUGCUCCAGGAGUUCCUCGACGACUUCACGGGGAUGGUCAAGCUCGACCUGCAAGAUAUAACUCUCGCGGAGUC